AUGGCGGUGAGCAACAACAUCACGGCGUGCAUCAACUUCCUGGUCCUCCUCUGCACCAUCCCCAUCGCCGCAACAGGGCUCUGGCUCGCCUCGAGGCACGGCGGGGAGGACUGCUUCAGGCUGUUCCGCUGGCCGGUGGCGAUCCUGGGCGCGCUCCUCCUCCUCGUCGCGCUGGCGGGCUUCGCGGGCGCGUGCUGGAACCGGAGGGGCCUGCUGGCCUGCUACCUCUUCGCGAUGGCGGCGCUCGUCACGCUGCUCCUGGCCCUCCUCGUCUUCGCCUUCGCCGUCGCGCACGGCUCCGGCGCGUACCCGGUCCUCGGCCGGGCGUACGAGGACUACCGCCUCCAGGGCUACUCCUCCUGGCUGCGAGGGUACGUCGCCGAUGAUCCCCAAAGGUGGGACGGGAUCCGGGCUUGCGUCGCGGCGUCUGGCACCUGCAGGAAGCUCGCCGCGGAUAGCUCCUUCAUCGUGCCCGAGCAGUUCUACAUGUCGCACCUCUCGCCCAUCGAGUCCGGGUGCUGCAAGCCGCCGACGGUGUGCGGGUACGCGUACGUGAGCCCGACGGUGUGGACGAGCCCGGCGAACCCGGCGGCGGACGCGGACUGCGCGGCGUGGAGCAACGACCCGGACCAGCUCUGCUACGCCUGCGCCUCCUGCAAGGCCGGCGUGCUGGGCGGCCUGCGUCAGCAGUGGCGCAAGGCCAACGUCGCGCUGCUCGUCGCCACCGUCGCGCUCAUCUUCGUCUACGUCAUCGGCUGCAGCGCCUUCCGCAACGCGCAGACCGAGGACCUCUUCCGCCGCUACAAAUGGGGAAAUUGA